CUUAAUUUUCUUUUUGUUUUUUUUUUUUUUAAACUCUCUCGUUUAAACCCUUGCAUUAUCCCGCUCAGUCUCUCUCUUUCUUGUUUCUUUAAAGAAGCAAGACCGAUCUUUCUCUUUUUGUUCCUCUAACCUCUCCCUCGGUCCAUGCUUUUUGGAGCUUAGAAGACAAAUUCAGGUUGCUCACCUGACUUUAACGUAAGGCUUUAUGUUGUUCUAGUCGAAGGCUUGUAAUAUGAAGAAGGAAAACAUGCUUCCUGCUAAUGAUGGAGAGCCUGAUAGGCGAAUAACACGUGCUCGGGCAGCUUCUAUGCAUUCAUCUAGCACACCGCCACCAUUGAAGGCAAACACACAACAAGGCCGAAAGCGGAUUUUGCGUCCAAAUUCAAAAAGGACAGCCUUGGAUGAGAAAAACACCAGUGCACCUGAUAAUGCAGGUAUUCAGCCUAAGCGGAGAGCAGUGCUUCAAGAUGUCACAAAUAUUUGCUGUGAGAAUUCAUAUAGGAGUUGCGUCAAUGCAACUAGAAUUCAGGCUAGGAAAGGAAAACAGGUUAAAAAGGGUAAGCUCAAUGUGUCCAAAGUGACUCCUUCACUUGCUGCAGAAUUCCCACGUCUUCAGGCUCAGCCAAAGACAAAAAUUGUUCAAGAAACCAUUAAAAUAGAACCUAAAUCAGAAGUUACGUGCUCAAAUACUUUGGAGAAAGAUGUGAAUUCACAUUUAAAUGGUGUCAGGUUGUUUGGAACAGCUGAUCUCCAGGUUCCAAAACCAAGUACCAGAAUGCCAUUCCAACCCUACAGUCUUCCAAAGAAAGAGGAGAAAGAAGGCCUCAUCAAUAGCGGGAUAACAUCAAGUGGUCCAGAUUUUACAGACAUUGAUUGUGACCUUAUGGAUCCUCAACUCUGCAGCCUCUAUGCUGCUGACAUUUAUAGCAAUUUACGUGUUGCUGAGCUUGUCCGAAGGCCACAUCCAACUUACAUGGAAACAAUGCAGCAGGACAUCACCCAAAGUAUGCGAGGGAUUCUGGUUGAUUGGCUUGUGGAGGUAUCCGAGGAAUACAAGUUGGUGCCAGACACACUUUACCUCACUGUAUACCUCAUAGAUUGGUUUCUCUCUCAAAAUUACAUUGAAAGGCACAGACUUCAACUACUUGGCAUUACUUGCAUGCUGGUGGCAUCCAAAUAUGAAGAAAUUUGUGCGCCUCGUGUGGAAGAAUUUUGCUUUAUUACGGACAACACAUACACAAAAGGGGAGGUUUUAAAGAUGGAGAGUAUUGUGUUAAAAUAUUUUGGCUUUCAACUUUUUGUACCCACUCCAAAAUCCUUUCUAAGGAGAUUUCUACGUGCAGCACAGGCUGCUUACAAGACCCCUAGUUAUGAAUUGGAGUACUUGGCUGAUUAUCUAGCAGAACUGACAUUGAUAGACUACAGCUUCUUGAAUUUCCUUCCCUCAGUCAUUGCUGCGUCAGCUGUAUUUCUUGCUAGAUGGACGCUGGAUCAGACAAUCCACCCUUGGAAUCCGACUCUGGAACACUACACUUCUUACAAGGCAUCAGAUAUUAAAACCACAGUUCUUGCAUUACAAGACCUACAAUUGAAUACCAACGGGUGUCCUUUGAAUGCUAUACGUAUGAAGUAUAGGCAGCAAAAGUUCAAAUCUGUGGCAGCUCUGUCUUCUCCAAAAUUGCUUGAAACAUUGUUCUGAAGAUAAGUUCACCGGUUCUAUGUCAUUGAUGCGGUUGCUAACAUAAACUUCUCAAAUGAAGUUGCCUCUGGACUGUGUCAUUUUCUUCUUGAGGUUGUACCUGAUAUCUUUUCAUAACCUGGUAUCCUCAUUUACAUACACUUUGUGACCUUUAUUUCCCUUCAUAUAUUUUGUUUAUAGCAUUUUUGCAACUUCCAUUGGUUUUGCUACAGCUGACCUAUCAUUCUAAGGCUAUAUUUGUCAUGCCACUAAACUAGAAUUUUAGUGUAACUAUUGCUAUCAACAUUCUUAGCACGUCAACCACCAAGAAAUUUUUUGUCAGGUUGUAAAGUUAGAAAGAGUGUAACUAGUUGAAUAUGAAUUGAUUGUUCUCUCUUUUAAAACUCUUCUCACUUCUCAGGA